GUCAGGAUUAGUCCAUAAUUCAUUUUGUACAUUUUUAUAAACAUGCCUUAGAAAAAACAUUAUUAGUGUGCAUCUUGAGACAAAACAAAGGCACUGAUGUGUGUUAAAAUCAGUGCAAGUUUCUUUCAGUAGAAAUAAUCGGGUAUGCUUUGAAGGUAAUAAAUGUUUCUUUCAAUGUGUUAGAUUUACCAGCUACCGCCAUCUGCAAGCAUUUUGGAGAAUGAUUGAACCGGUAAAUAUGAGAAUUGUGCGUGUUGAUACAUGGACAUCCACUUCCAACACAGCUGGAGCACCUGACAAGGCAGCUGAUCCACCUCGUCGACCGAGCCGAUGCCUUCCACUGAUCGACGAACUGUUCCUCUGCUUGGUUUAUCUGUCGCUGGGUCUGAAGGAGAAGGAUCUCGGGGAUCAGUUCAACAUACAUCAGUCCACCGUCAGCAGAAUUAUAAAGACUUGGGUCAAUUUUUUAUAUACUUUACUGGGUGCUGUUGGAAUAUGGAUGUCUCCUGAGGACAUUAGAGCCACAAUGCCAAGUGUGUUCGGUAAAUACUCUGACACCCAAGUUAUCGUUGAUUGUACUGAGCUGAAAUGUCAGACACCUUCAUCUUUACUCUUACAGAGAGAGAUGUUUUCUCAGUAUAAAUCCCACACUACCCUGAAAGGGAUGAUUGGUGUGUCACCACAUGGCGCUGUUACUUUUGUUUCCUCACUGUAUUCUGGUGCUGUCAGUGACAAAGAAUUGUUCAGGCAAUCUGGCAUUAUCCCUCUUUUGGAUAAAGACAUGGCUGUAAUGGUGGAUAAGGGUUUCAGAAUUGAUGACCUAGUGCCCUGCGAAGUUUACAGACCACCUUUUCUAACUAAAAAGUCGCAGCUGUCUCAUGAGGAAGUGCUGGUCACUCAGGACAUUCCACAGUUAAGGAUACAUGUAGAGAGAGCAAUUAGGCGCAUCAAAGAGAACAAACUGUUUGACUGUUAUUCCUCUGGCCAUUGCUGGCAGUAUCAACCAGCUUUUUGCAGUAGCCUGCCUUCUUGCUAACUACCAGAACAAGCCGCUGGUCAAGGCAUGGGCCAAAUAACUGUUAACCUGUAGCCAUACAAGUUAUGUUUCGG